AUGUAUGCUGUUGCAUCAUACCAACGUCGACACACAUCGAAGGCAUCUCUAACUUCGCAAAAAUCGCAUCCUGCCAAACCAGAUGCCAUCAACUUUCACAUCGCUAGAGUCACUGGUCAAGAACUUCCACCACAGCACCCCACCAGAUAUCCUGCGCAACCGGCCAGGCCAAACAAGCAAAGCUCUGACCAAGUCGACAUCAACCAUGAUCCUAUCAACACAAAGGAUGAUCAACAUUGCAAUAUUGCGCCAGUUUCACAAAACUCCAAAAGACGAAAGAAAGCUAUUGAAACAUACGUGACAUAUCAUAUAGGACAAAAGCCCUUCUAUCACAGUGUUUGUCAAGUGUUCAAAGAGACUAAAUUCAGCACGCGUGCUAUAGUCAAAUUGGCCAAUCAGUCAUCAACCUUCACGUGUUACAAAGGCUUAUGUAUCAUCACGGACCGGAACAAUGGGGCUAUAAUUGCAAUCAUCAAAUUCACCCCGUUCGAUAGCAUGUCUCAAGAUGAAUUGGAAGAACUCAAAGAAGUCUUGAAAUACCUUGUGGAAGAAAAAAUUUACUGUAAUCCGGUGACUUUGAAUGCCGCUAUGAAAGGAGGUUACAUGGGGGUCAUAGGAUGGCGGGCAGCGUUCAUGACAUUAGAGUAUUACGGUAUGUAUUGA